CGGACAAGCUCUUAGUCAGGUGGUCCAAGGUCGCCCAGCUGUUUCUCUCGGUCCUCUCUUAUUUACCUUUCCUCCUUCCUCCUGAGUGCUGGUCCUCCUCUCUACUAGACAAGAUGGGCAACAAGAGCAGUCUGAUGUUACAGGAGCAGGACAUCAGGGACAUACAGGCGGAAACAGGCUUCCUGCCCAGCCAGAUCGAGCGCCUCUACAGCCGCUUCACCAGCCUGGACAAGGGUGACAGCGGCACUCUAUCUCGUGAGGAUUUCCUGCGCAUCCCCGAGCUAGCCAUCAACCCCCUCGGGGACCGCAUCGUGCAUGCUUUCUUUAAGGAGAGCGAGGACGAUCAUGUCAACUUCCGCCAGUUUGUCCGCGUCCUCGCCCACUUCCGCCCCAUCAAGAAGACGCAGGACAACAAACUUAAUGCCAGGGAGGAGAAACUGCGAUUUGCCUUCAAGAUGUAUGACCUUGACGACGACGAACGCAUCUCUCGUGAGGAGCUGCUGGCUGUCCUCCACAUGAUGGUCGGGGAGAACAUCAGUGACGAUCAGCUCAACAGCAUUGCGGAGCGAACGAUUCUUGAGGCAGACAGGGAUGGGGACCAGAUGAUCAGCUUUGAGGAGUUCUGUUCAGCCCUGGAACGCACAGACGUGGAGCAGAAGAUGUCCAUAAAGUUCCUCAAGUAGGGCGAAGGAGAGCUGGGUUUCUGCUGCUGCCUUUCCACAGGAUGCAGCAGUGGUGGUGGUGCCUCAGGUGAGCCGGCACAGAGGUUGUUUAGGUAUCCUGUCAUUAGACUAUAUUUUGCCUGGCCAUAAAGUCAUUUCAUAAACAACUGCAUUACUGGGAAGACUGUGGUCAGCUUGUUUUCAAAUGCAUUAUUUCUUCAUAAACAACUGUACUACUAGGAAGACCGUUGUUAACGUGUUUCAAAUACCAUCACAAGUUCAUGCAAAGCAAAUCACUUAUUUCCUCUUCAAAUAAAAGCCAUUGUUUCUUACCAAUGACUAAUUGAAAAUGGGCAGUCAUGGCCCUUAUACUUUUGAUAAGAGGGAAGAAUUGUUUUCAAAUAAUGUAGUAAUGAAGAUGCACAUGGCAGACAAGUUACACAUCUCAUAACCCACAUCAGUAAGAGCCAUGCCAUACCUUCACCUGUGCACAAAUUCAAGAACAAACACAAUGGAUGCCCCACACUUGCCUUCUGUGAGUGAGUGACUGUAAGGGUACGGCCACAAUGCACGUGGUUUGUUGGGAGGGUAGCGGGACGCCUAGCAGGUCGGAGGCAAGAACAAACACGUUAUCUAAUACGAGUGGCCAUACAGGACGUGGGUAGCGGGUUUCCUCCAAGCUCACCCGCUACCCACGUCCUGUAUGGCCACUCCUACUAGAUAGCAUGUGUUUGUUCUUGCCUCUGACCCACUAGGCAUCCCGCUACCCUCUACCCUCCCAGCAAACCGCGUGCAGUGUGGCCGUACCCUUAGAGGAGAUGUAUGUGUGUGUGAAAAGCAGGAUGAUGACUGUGUGAAUGGACUUACCCAGUGAAUAUAAUAACCAGUCUGGUGAUAAUGUAAUCAACUUACCGUGUGACCGGAGGCUGCUGGAUUGUUAAUACAUACUGCAUUGUUAAGGAUGAUGGUGAAAGCAGUAAAAUACAAUAACAAUAAGUUAAUGGAAGUAGAUAAUAAGCAAAGUCCUGUAGCAUUCUAUAUGAUCACAAGAAUGACUGGCCUGAGCGCUACAGAGGUUCAUUGAAUUUUUAGUCGAUUCUACAUGACCAAAAAUUUGAACCCUCAUGUGGCAGUUUGAGUUAGAAAGAUUAGUACAUAGUUCAUUGCACAAAUAGUUUUCCGUAUGUCUUGAGAAGAUUGUAGCAGGGACUUGUGGAAGGCAAGCAAAGAUGGUUUUGGAAAUCAUUGUUCUACUUCAACAAUUUUGCACAAAGACAAACACUCCUUCAGUUGAGCAUCCACAAAGCUCCGAGCUGUUGCUUCCUUUGUCCUCGCUGCUGUCCCGCCACGUCUCACGUGAGGUUUAGGCAUUGGUCAAAGGCCAGUGUGCAGUUGUUACUUGUGGUCAUAGCCAUGUACAACUGGCAUUGUACAUUCCAGUAAACUAUAAGGAAAACAAUGGUGCUGCAAUUAGAAGAGUAGGUACCAAGUUUUUUGGUCAGUAGAUUGUCAACUUCAUAAAAUGUAUUUUUCCUAUUAAUUUGGUUCCUAAUGUUCUGGUGAGUGUCCUCAAGGCUUGCAUCCCUCUCUCCCUCAUGUAAUGCACACGGGAACCCCAUUCCCUAACACACUUGCACACUUUUGGCAAGUAUAAAAUUUCAAAAUUAAAACUUAGAAGAUUAGGCACCACAAUAUAUAUCAGUACUGCUUAUUACUGCUCAGAUUGGUAAAAAUUCAAAUUGCUUGUUAACUGCAAAGUUGCACCAAUCAAAACACUUAAGAAUGUAAUUUCUUUGGGCAAGCCUUACUACUAUUGCCUGGAAACUUUUAGCACAUACAUUAUACACAGGCAAAAUUUAUUGGUAGGCUUUAUUGGAUGUAUUCGAAGCUCUCUUACUUAAAGAUGUCUUGGUUAUUACUGACGCAUGGCAGCUAAAUGUUUUCUCACGCUUGUUAAAUUCUACAUUACUUUUUUCAUGGGCUAUUUUUGCACCAUACCAUUAAUAUCAGGAAAUUAGUAUAAGAUGUAUUAACCCACUACAAGUGGUUUGAAGAAAUCUUGUAUGGGAUGGGUCUGGCACAAAUAUUGUUGGGACCGAUCUCCAGGGAACAGCCUAGGAAAGAAGAGCCUGUAAUUUGGGUUUUUUCGUCAGAGCCAAGGCAUGAGGAACCUGCCACUAUGCUAGACCAGUCCUGUGCUGCAGUUGUGCCUUCACUACUUGUAAAACUGGUAUAUGAAUUAAGAAUUAUGCAAGGCACAUUCUUUCAAAACUGUACAGAUAUGCAUGGCUGCUGCAUAAUGUUGGGAACUGAGCACUUCACUACAAUCUCUUGACUAAUCUGUAUACUGCUCUACCAAGCAUUCCACUAAAUAUACUAACUAAGCCUUGCAGUGGCCAAGAAGGUGGUCACUGCAGUCCUGUGUUCCCCUCCCUGCUGGUGUUAGUGUUCAGUAUUCCAGUCUAAGCAAAUGUAUGAUGAGUGAUUGUAUAUUAGCUUACAGAGAUUUAUAUUAUGUAUAUGGUGAAUGUAUAUUGAAUCCACAUAAAUGUAUAUUAAAAUUUUCUCUAUGUA